ACAGACUGCCGCCACAGCAGAAAGGGAGAUCCUGACUGCCGCACACAGAGAAACGAAACCCAGCAAGCAACAACACAGCCCCCUGCUUCCUGCUUCACGGAAGGCGAGAUGAAGACUGCUGUUGUGUGGACCCUGUGCCUGCUGCUCUCCCUCACAGGGAUGGCCGCUUCGGAUGACCAGAACGCGAUAGCCUGCGAGCUGCCCGCUCGCUCCUCGGCCUACAACAACUUCCUGAAGCGCCACAUCAUGGAGGGAGCGCCGAGUGCCGACGACCAGAACGCUUGGGAGAACCUUCUGCGGAACAUGAAGUUCUGCAACCGCCCCACGCAGUCCUUCCUCCCCGAGAGCGAGCGGCGGCGGGUGGAGGCGGUGUGCUCCCCGGCGGGGGGCAAGGCCUUCAGGGGCAACAUGUGCAUCAGCAAGGAGCCCUUCUCCUUCAUCACCGUGCGCGUGGAGCCCGACACCUGCGGCAUCAAGCGCAUCGUGCACGAGCGCAAGCACCUGAUCCUGUCCUGCGACAAGGUCCAGAACGCCUGCCAGCCCGUGCACUUCGAGGGGAACCCGCAGAGUCUCGUGCCCGACCAGAACAAACCCAACUGCGGCCUCAGGUCACCCGGGAGCGGAGGCCACAGGGCAGCAGCUGGACUUGUGAGCAUGCUUUGUCUCCUCCUGGUGGCGCUAGAGAUCGCCGUGUGAGCUAGCCAACGGGCUAUUUCCUGCUUUAUUUCAACCGCUGUACCACUGAUUGUGAUAUGUCUUUAUUUGAUCAUAAGUACGUGACUGCGUUGUAUAUACAGUAUGCCCACCUUUCGCAAACAAUGAGCUCUAUCAGCAUGUUCCAUGAUGUGCCACUUCUGACUUUUACACGCUUAAGCCCAACGCCCAUUGGUGACGUUUGAUGGGCGUCAAGUUUAGAACAUUGCUCUAUCUCUUGAGCUUCAAAUCCAUGGAUGCGAAUGUCAGCCACCAGCGCUUUGGCUUUUACACCAAGUAGCUUAACCAUUAGCACAUUUACAGUUACACAACGUAUUUUAACCAUCCAGCAAUCUAAUUCAAUCCUCCAUUGACAUAAAACACCAUUGACAUAACAUUAGCUUUCAAUGUUUUCAAAAAAGGUAAACAAACACAGGCAGACACAGUUCUUUGCUACUGCCAGAGUAUAGCCUAUGUAGGCUAAAUAAGUAUUUCAAUACUAAUGUAUUGAGUCUGUUUGAUAUCAUUUGAUGUGAUUGAUUCUGAAUGUAUGGAGAUACAUUUGAUAAACUUAUUUGAAUCUGUAA